AUGGUCAGACUGGGUACCAUUGUCGUCGAUCCUCCCGUCCUUAAUUCAUCCUGUCUCUGGGCUUCAGAUAUCGCGCAGCUCCGCGAUCUGUAUGCUUGUCCUCACACAGGCGCGGUCACGAUUCGCACCGCGACGCUACACGGCUUCAAAGAGAACGAAUCGAAUGCUGUGGUGUUCACCGCGGACAGGCUCUCCACGCUCAACUCGUACGGAUACUCCCCGUACCCGCUCUCGCAGUAUCUGGAAUGGGUCCGUGAGCUGUUGACCAGUCCUCCACCAGCCGGAGGGUCGCAGAGCCACGCGAAGCCAGUCAUCCUGAGCAUCACCGCGUCCAAGGCAGACGACCUCGCGCAGAUGCAAGUCUCCCUCAUCUACCCCCUCGACCUAGCGAACCUCAUCGCCAUCGAGCUCAACACCUCCUGCCCAAACAUCCCCUCCGCGCCGCCGCCGUGCUACCACCUCCCCGCGCUCCGACCACACCUCGACGUGCUCGCAGCUGCAGCGCGCGCAGACCCGUCGCUCACCAUCGGCCUCAAGCUCUCGCCCUACCCCGACGUCACGCGCAUCCGCGACGUCGUCGACUGCCUCGCGGAGUACACCAUCGCCGAGCCGGGCUCUGAGUCGGAGGACGCGCGGAGCCCAUUCGCGUUCCUGACGUGCACGAACACGCUAGGCGGCAGCGUGCUCUUCGCGGGGGAGAUCGACGCAGCGUCCGCCCCGCCGUCCUUGGGCGCCGACCCCGCCCCGACGGCGUUCGCGCUGCCGACCCCCCUGGGUGGAAUUGGUGGCGAGCGGCUGCAUGCGCUUGCGCUCGGGACGGUGUUGGGGUUUUCGCGCGCGUUGGCGGCUCAUCCGACCCCUGCGAUGCGCGCGAUCAAGGUGAUUGGGGUGGGUGGUGUGAAGGACCGGGCGUCGGCGGAUAGGAUGCGGGCGGCGGGGGCGAGCGCAGUGGCGUGUGCGACUGCGUUGGGGCGGGAGGGCCUGAAGGCGUUCGAGAGGAUUGCGAUGGAUGCGUGA